AUGUGGGGGUGGUGCUGAGAGAACAGCUCCGUCUCCAAGUCCCCCCUCUGUUGGAUCCGGAGUCCGUCAGGAGAAGGUGGCAGAGAGCCUCAGCUCCCACCUGCGCUCGAUUUUUCUCCCCCUCUCUUUAUUAUCAUGAAGAGACAAAACGCCAGGACUCUCGCCCUCAUCAUGAGCAUCCUCACCUACCUGGUGGUCGGAGCGGCCGUCUUCGAGACCCUGGAGUCGAAGCAGGAGAAAAGUCACAAGAGGAAGCUCGACGCCAGAAAGUACGAACUCAUGCGCAAAUAUAACUUGACCAAAGAGAACUUCGAAGAGCUCGAGCACGUCGUUUUACAGCUCAAUCCUCACAAAGCAGGGGUCCAGUGGAAAUUUGCUGGGUCUUUUUACUUCGCCAUCACUGUGAUUACGACGAUAGGUUAUGGCCACGCGGCGCCGAGCACCGACUCAGGGAAAGUGUUCUGCAUGUUCUACGCCCUCCUGGGGAUCCCGCUGACCCUGGUCAUGUUCCAGAGUCUGGGCGAGAGGAUCAACACGUUUGUCAGAUACCUGCUGCACCUAGCCAAGAAGUGCCUGGGAAUGCGUCACACCGAGGUCUCCAUGGCAAACAUGGUGACGGUGGGCUUCUUCUCCUGUAUGAGCACCCUGUGCGUGGGGGCUGUGGCGUUCUCUCACUCGGAGGGAUGGAGCUUUUUAAAUGCCUUCUAUUACUGCUUCAUUACACUCACCACUAUUGGCUUUGGAGACUACGUGGCUCUGCAGAAGAAUGAGGCCCUGCAGAAUGACCCUCAAUAUGUGGCUUUCUGCUUUGUUUACAUCCUCACGGGCCUGACGGUGAUUGGAGCGUUCCUAAACCUGGUGGUGCUUCGCUUCCUGACCAUGAACACUGAGGAUGAGCGCAGGGACGCCAAGGAGAAGGCGUUGCUCUCUGUCAGUAAGCCCAGAGGAGAGGUGGCUCAUCUGUUACCAGUCUCAAUAUCAGCUUCCUCCACACCUGUAGCAGAUAACACCACAAAGGCUAAAGAUUUAAAAGGUGUCUACACUGAAGUGCUUCAAUUCCAGACUAUUUGCUCCUGCUUAUGGUACAGGAGCGAGGAGAAGGAGCAGGACUCCAUACCCAACAUGAUCCCUCAGGAGAUGACAUUCUCCGAUGCCUACUUGCAGCAGAACAAUGACUGUGCUCACUACAUGGAGCCUGGCUCAACAGGCUGCGUUUGCAGUCCACGUCAGUGCACGAGCAUAAGCCCAAUAUCAGGCCUACACAUUUUCUCUCCAUUCAGGAUGUUUAAGAGACGCAGCUCCGUGUAG